GCUCUUGGCAGAAGUGAGAGGGCUUCGCUGCGCACUGCCCCAAAGUCAUGCACACUUAGAAACACACCGAAAAGGGAAGGGGGCAGCGGGAGGCUUAGCGCGGCGGGAGCAGAGUUAGGCAGCCGCAGAGACCAGCCCGCGAGCGUGAUGACCCAGAGGAUGGGAGACCAGGUGAGGAUCCCACCUGGGGCGACUGGGUUGUACAGAGCAGUGCUAGUCAAAUCAGCAUCUAUGUAUUCAGAAAUACAAACAGAGCGGCCUGAUAUUGGGAAUAUCAUGACGCAUCCUGAUUAUCUUGAUGGAAACCCUGAUCUUAUAAAACCUAAAAAGCUGCUCAAUCCUGUAAGAGCCUCGAAAAGCCACCAAGAACUUCACAGGGAGCUGCUUAUGAAUCACAAAAGAGGAUUGGGAGUUGAGAGCAAACCAGAACUACAAAGGGUCCUGGAGCAUCGUCGACGAAAUCAGCUGAUGAGACAGAAGAAAGAAGAAGAAGAGGCAAAGAAAUUAAAAUCUCCAUUUGAACAAGAGCUCUUGAAGAGGCAACAAAAGCUUGAUCAGCUGGAAAGGGAAGACGAGAAGCAAGAAGAGAAUGCACCAGAAUUUAUUAAAGUCAAAGAAAAUCUGAGGAGAACAUCUACACUAACUGGGGCAGAGAAAAUUGUAUAGCAAGGCAUCAACUAAGAUCAAAAUAGAUUAAGAUCAUCUGCUUUGAAUACCUACAUGCUGACAUUUUGGUAAACAGUGGACAUUCAAAGUUAUGUCUUUGGGGCUACUUAUUGUACAUUAAUGCUUGCUCCAGUAAAAAAAUUGAUUGGGGCAUUUUCACAUCUGGGAAAAAAAGAACAUCUAAACAUUGUGGCUUUUUUUCACAAGAAUCCUCAGAUGAGAAAAAGGUAAGGGAGGUAAUAGAGAUCUAGCCUUCCUUUCAAGUACUGGGAUAAUGCUGGCGCUCUUUCCCAUCACUAACCCUUGGCAAAUCCUUUGAGGUUCAGCAGGACCAGUGCACGCAUGGAAUGGGAGAUGCUGUCUGUAGAGAAAGAGAUAGCUAAAUAUUUGGGACUUCAAGCUGUUAUAGAGCAGAGCAAUUCCGUUGCUGGUUUUGAAAUCUUCAGUUUAGCUAAAUUAACGCUUGAGGGAGCAAGUUAGAAAACUAAAAAAGAUGGUAAAAAGGGAAGUGAUGAUCAAUAGGGGAAGUGCUAGCUAAGAUUUAGAGCACAUCUGCCUAUACGGGCACCGUGGGUGCUGUAUCCAAGCAACAAUAUCCAGCAAAUAGGUAUGUGUUUCUUCAUUACUGGGACAUAGCAGCCCUGUGCUGGCUUCUGUCAUAAAAUGAUGUUCAAGAUCCUUGUCACAAAUCAGCAUCCAUGACAGUCGUAUAGUCAAGUUUACUAUGACAAAAGGAUAUUGAGUUAUUUCCAAAUAGUGGGAGAGUCCACAAGUCUUUCAGCAUCUGGUUCUGGUCUCCAGAAUGAGAGGCAGAAAUAAGGUAAUGUACUUUCUGGAAAGGAUCUUUACGAGCUGCAGAAGGUGCAGUCCUCUGAAUUAUCUGGGUAAAAACACAGAAAACAUAGAUCUACAUGUAUGUUUCAAAAAAGCGACUGACAAAUCCACAAAAAAGGAUUAGUGAGGGAAACAGCAAAGAAUUCUGGGGAGAAGGUCAAGGAACAAUGCCAGAUGUAGUGUCUUCUGACUUUUGAACAAAUAUAACACAUUAAAGUAAGAUUCUUUUUUUAAAAAAUCUAAUCAAAUUGAAGAUUAUUUGUAGAUUAUAGCCAGAUGAGGUCUACUCCUUCCUGGAGCCCUUUCCUGUUUCUAAAAUCCUGUGAACAAGAUGCUUACUAUAAAGAUGCUUAUUAUAGUAUAGGCUGUUUGAAAUUAUUUUUUUUUAAAUAUAUGACAACAGCAAGGCAAAAAGGGUGAGUGGCCAACCUCUCUUCAACUCUGUUUUCUGGAGGUGAAGUCAGGAGUAGCCAACAUGUCUAUCCAAUGGAGCACCACUCCCUGUUGGUUUUCAGGAUAGCUGUGUUAGUUUUUUACAGCAAAAAACAAGAGGCUUAUUUUAAAGAUUUCUUAAAAUAUCACAAGAUUCUUUGUCAUUCACUUAAUCUUGGAGUGAAGAUAAACAUAACCAAAAGCCACAAUAGCUUUUAGUUUCACAAUUUAUAUGACAGAUUAUGGUCAGCUUUUCUGGUAGGGAGGGCCCUCUGAGAUGCAGAUGGCUGUUCCACUGGGAGGGACAGGCCAAAGUAAUACAUAAUUCAUAUUAUCAUCUAGAACUCAUAUGACUUAAUUGUAACCACAGAUUUUUUUUGAGGGGGGAGCUUAUUAAUAAAGAGCAAUUGUAUAUUUUGUGGAGUCUAUAUUCUGUGAAUUAAA